UCAAUCUCUCAUUCCUGCAAUUUACAAACUCUCAAUUGUUUAUUUGAUAGAGAUGGCAAGAACUAAGCAAACUGCCCGGAAAUCAACCGGGGGCAAAGCACCAAGGAAGCAGCUUGCGACAAAGGCGGCAAGGAAAUCUGCGCCGGCUACUGGAGGAGUGAAGAAGCCACACAGAUUCAGGCCAGGAACGGUCGCCCUCAGGGAAAUCCGUAAAUACCAGAAGAGCACCGAGUUGUUGAUCCGUAAGCUUCCCUUUCAGAGGCUUGUGAGGGAAAUUGCUCAGGAUUUCAAGACGGAUCUGAGGUUUCAAAGCAGUGCUGUGGCUGCGCUUCAGGAGGCGUCUGAGGCUUAUUUGGUAGGAUUGUUCGAGGAUACUAAUUUGUGUGCGAUUCAUGCCAAGAGGGUUACGAUUAUGCCCAAAGACAUGCAAUUGGCAAGAAGGAUUAGAGGUGAGAGGGCUUAGAUUUUAUGCAAAUGUUGUUCUGGUUGUUCAUAAAAGUUGCUCUUUGAUCCAAAUUGUUCCCAAAAUGUAUCGCUAUUAAUGAUAUUGAUAUUGUUCUUGAAGAA